AAUCAAAGUACAAUGCAGUCAGUACUUCUAUAAAUAUGUAUUGGUGACAUUCUUGGAAAACUCAUGUUACAGAACUCAGCCUUGACUGAUGCCACAAGGAUCCGCUUCUUGCAUAUGCAUUUUAUCCCUACAGCUGUGCCUUUCUGGAAGAACGUUCCCUAAUUCAGCUAUAGCUUUCUAUCCAAAAUGUAUAGGGAAAGCAUGCAUUAAAGGAGAAUGGACCAAAAGUUCAAGAUCUUCAAAGUCUAUUGAAGACUGACGAAGAAAACAUAGCAGAAAGUUAUAAAUCAAGUAGUUCAAGAAUAAUGCUGCAGCAGAAAGCAAGAUAAAGAAAGAAAAGGAGAUUUACUACUGAAGGAUGAAUAGUGAAGAAGAAUUCUUUGAUGCCGUUACAGGCUUUGAUUCAGAUAAUUCAUCUGGGGAAUUCUCAGAGGCCAACAAUAAAGUCGCAGAAAUGAUUGACUUGGACACCAACAAAAGUAACAGGAGUGGAAAAAAUGGGGAGCGAUCUCAAGAGAAUGGGAUCAAGAAACACAGAACCUCAUUACCCGCUCCCAUGUUUACUAGAAGUGAUUUCAGUGUGUGGAGUAUAUUAAAAAAAUGCAUUGGCCUGGAACUGUCUAAGAUCACAAUGCCUAUUGCCUUCAAUGAGCCUUUGAGCUUUCUUCAGCGGAUUACUGAAUACAUGGAACAUAUAUACCUCAUUCACAGAGCUUCUUGUCAAACACAGUCCCUGGAAAGAAUGCAGGCUGUGGCUGCUUUUGCUGUUUCGGCUGUAGCUUCUCAGUGGGAGAGGACUGGCAAACCAUUUAACCCGCUUCUGGGAGAAACCUAUGAGCUAAUUAGGGAUGAUUUAGGGUUCAGAUUUAUAUCUGAGCAGGUCAGUCACCAUCCUCCCAUUAGUGCAUUUUAUUCUGAAGGUCUCAAUCAAGACUUUCGAUUCCAUGGCUCAAUCUAUCCCAAACUGAAGUUCUGGGGGAAGAGCGUAGAAGCAGAACCCCGGGGAACAAUUACAUUGGAGCUUCUGAAGCAUAAUGAAGCCUACACAUGGACAAAUCCUACCUGCUGCGUACAUAACGUAAUCAUUGGCAAACUCUGGAUAGAGCAGUAUGGAACAGUUGAAAUUUUAAAUCACAGAACUGGUGAUAAAUGUGUACUCAACUUUAAAUCCUGUGGGCUGUUUGGGAAAGAACUUCAUAAAGUAGAAGGGUACAUUCAGGAUAAAAGCAAAAAGAAGCUCUUUAUGAUUUAUGGCAAGUGGACAGAGUGUUUGUGGGGGAUCGAUCCUGCUUCCUAUGAGUCCUACAGAAAGCAUGAAAGGAGAGGAGACCACCAGAAGAAACCCAAACCAGAGGGUGAUGCCGCAGAGAAGUCUGAGAGCGAUGUGGUCGACGAUGUGCCGGAGAUCCAGGACACCGUGCAAGUUAUUCCCGGGAGCAAGCUUCUCUGGAGGAUCAACACCAGACCACCAAAUUCCUCCCAGAUGUAUAAUUUUACCAGUUUUACUGUGAGCCUCAAUGAGCUGGAAAAGGGCAUGGAAGACAUCCUAGCUCCGACAGACUGUCGUCUGCGCCCAGAUAUCAGAGGCAUGGAAAAUGGCAACAUGGACUUGGCAAGUCAAGAGAAAGAAAGACUGGAAGAAAAACAGAGAGAAGCUCGAAAAGACCGUGCCAAAGAUGAGGAAGAAUGGAGGACAAGAUGGUUUUCUCAAGGCAAUAACCCAUAUACCGGGACUCCUGACUGGUUAUAUUCGGGUGGAUACUUUGAUAGAAAUUUCUCGGACUGUCCUGAUAUAUACUGAGGCAUUGGAACAGUUCCCUUUUGACCAACCGCGUGGACAUCACGAGGUUAGACUUUGCUUCAAGCUAAUUAAUCUGUUUUUGUUAACAGCAGAAGCCAACUUUUCUAAGGUCGAUUUUAUUGGAAAUAACAUCGUUCGCCAGGAAUUUAAUUGUCAUUACUUUGGGGAUUGAUACCGUUCAGAUAUCACUGACGUCCCUUUUACCAGGUUGCACCUGAGAGUAUCAUGUUUUCACUGUUUUAAGGAGGACUAUUGUUGAUGAUUUUCAAGUUUCAUGAUACAAGUUGGCCGUGGCAACUGUAGUUUGAAGUAUUUACCCCGCCCCCCUCAACUCUGUAACCUAAAACGUCAGAAGCCAGAGAAGGGGAGGAUCCAGGUUUCUUUUUUUUUUUAAUGCUGCAGAAGAGAGGCCUCACAGGUACUCUGAACAGGUACUCUGAACUCGGACCAGCGGUAGCAGAUGGAUGUGGGUCAAACCAGUCUAACCAUACCACCGGAAAAGAGACAGUGGUCAGAACGAAUUCCCAGAGGGAUGAAGAGCCACGGAAGUGCUCUUAAUCUAAUUCUGUCCGUCAGAGUUGGAGCUGCAAAAUAAAGAACACCAGGCAGGGUAGACUGAAAAGUUUUCCAACUCUCUAUUAUCUCAUUCUUUGGCACUACGACUAUUCCUUAGUAAGUAAUCGUGAUGGGACUCUGAAAUGGUGUUUUGAUUGAGCGAGGUGCAGUCAUCGACAUAAACAUCGUGGGCAAAGUGAAACACCGCCAGUAGAGCAUAGCAUGCCUUAGGGAUGUUGGUGGAACCCUGGAAGAAAGACACUAAGACUGCUCGCAAUGGAACCAUCUGUGGAAGAAAGACACUAAGACUGCUUGCCAUCCCUUCAAGUAAGUCAAGCCUCCAGCGGUUGCAUGGAAGUAGUCAGCCUCGUAGACGGGGUGUACACUCUGGGCAAACCUAAGUCACUUUUGAAAGCACUUCGUUCAUAUAUCUCCAUAGAGCUGUCGUGUGGGUUUUUAAAAACGAUGCAUGUUCUGUAACAUUAGGGGGUCACAUCUAGUUGCACAUUGUGGGGGAGAAAAAGCAGGGUCUGCAAACUCUAACUGGUAUAGCGAAAGUGAUUUUUAAAAUACUAAUAGGUAUAAUUGUCUAAGCACGUGUGGUCAUCCAAGUGACUUAUUUGUUUGGGUAGAUAUGUCAAAGCCAUAUAAGGUCCGAGCUGUUGGAAUUGCAGAGAAAUUUAUUGUACAUAUGCAUAUAUUAUAUAUACAUAUAUAUAUAUAUAUAUAAUUUUAUUGAGUGGGGUUUCAAAGUCAUAGAUUCCUGAAGAUCAGAAGGGGCUAUAGUUUUGUGCCUAGACUUAAAAAUUAGGUUUGUAAUUAAAACACUUUUUAAAGCUGAACAUUGUUUUUGAGAGUUUCUCAUUUUAUAACCAAUGGAAACGAGAAAGUGGUAGUGUUGUAGCCGAGUUGGCCGUUGCUCCAAAUCAGUGCCACAAAUUCCCUCAGUGAACCCGUUGGAUGGCUUUCCGGAUCCACUGGGGCAUUCCCGUUUUCAUUUCCUGACCAGUUUUGAAGCCAGUUUGGAAGAAAAUUUCUCCAGGUGACCCGGACCUCAGGUUAAUUGGAGGAUUUGGUUGGGCUGGGCAGCCGCCAUGGGCUCAAUCGCCUAUCAGUAAGGAAGGAAAGCGGUCAAAGGCAGAGAUGUUAAGGACACCAUCCUGAAAUACAUUCGUGUCCACUACAUUCUUUCUGCAGUGAGCAGCGCUUUAUUGGCUUGGCUUCUUCAAAUUAUCCAGCCAGAUCUAGUUAGUAAUGUGCACAUUGGCAUAGAGGAGAAGAACAAAUAUCUCUCCUAAAAUAAAUUAGCUGGUAUUUGAUGUUUUUUAGGAAAUAGAAACUAACACGAUAGAGUACAAUUGGAAAAUCGGCUCCUGUGUACUUAAACGGGCUUUUCUUUUUCAAGUUUUUUUAUUGUUAAAAAAGGAUGAACGAUGUCCCACUAGCAAUUUUCAAUCCUGUGUUUAAUCACUGUGGCUGCGGGUGUCCCUAGUAAGACUGCAUGAAAGUCAUGUGUGAUUUCCUGAUGCUAUGCAGGCAUGCUUACAAAAUAUCAGGUCUAAAAUCAGAAAUAUAAAAUUUCCUUAAAUACAGAAAAAUCUCUUGGAAUUAAAGGUGAUUCUUGCUCCUCGUGGAAAUUUGUUUCCCACUUGAGAGGUAUCCACAUUUGGAGUGAUGGUCUGUAUAAGACAAAAAUAUACAAGGUGCUCCAUUUGAAAUAAGGACUUUGUAUAAAAGGGCCAGCUGAAAUCUUAAUGCCUCUCUGUACUGAAAUUAAAAACUCGUUACAUUUCUGCCCGUUAGGCAAAAAAAAUGGACUUUCUUUAAAAAUUGAGUUGGGAUCACGUGGAGCUGGACAGAAUUUAUUCGCUUUAACCAAUAAGCUGCCUAGGGCAUCGGGUCAGGGAAGAAUGAACAAAACAAGUAUUUCCAGAUUUGAAGAUGGCUUGCAGUGUAGGGGCUAGGCUAGCCCCAAAGCCUCCGCAUUUCUUCUUUGAAAAAUGAAUGACCCUUCUCUCUUUCGCAAGAGAGUUCAAACCCCUGUAGCUUUUCAAGGACCAGGUGGGACCCUGCAGCCCUACGAUGUCACAAAUGAAAACCCAGGAUCCUGCUAAAAGGUGUAGGAAAAAAACCCCUGCAUUUGGGGGGUAAAGAAAACCAAUGCAGAGGCAUCAGUUCCAGUAGACGAACCACUUGUACAUUGAACUGUUGUAUUGAUUUUAUUUUCUCCUCUGUGCGAGGAAAAAGGCAAAGUACAUAGGGACAGCUCCAAGGGGGCCCCUGGCUGACCUAGGAUGGGAGUCUCCAGAAGAAAGACCUUUCAUUGAACUGUUUCUUUUGCUAGCAGAUGUACCCGGGUUUUAAACUCGGGAGUGGUCACUAGAUAGUCAUAUUUAUGGAGCACUUUCUGUGUGCACAGCACUGUACUAGGAGCUUGGGAGAGUACAGUGUAACAGACACAGUCCCUGCCCACCCUGAGCUUUGCAGUCUGGAGGAUACAGGCUAGAUACAGGGACGUGCUUCGUAGGAGUUUAUUGUUGAGGAAUUGGCCAGGCAUUUUUCUGAAGCUUGUCAUCCAGGAGGAGCAGUGUAGCCCAGUGGAAAGAACACAGGCCUCGGAGUCAGAGGACCCGCGUUCUCAUCUCACCAUUGUAGUUUGCCUGCCAUGAGACCUAUGGCAAGUCACUUAAUUUCUCUGGACCUCAGCUUCCUCAUCCAUAAAAUAGGGCUUCAAUAUCUGUUCUUCCUUCUACUUAGACUGCUCCGUGUGGUACAGGGACGGGUCUGACCUGAUUUGCUUGUGUCUACUCCAUCACUUAGAAAAUAGUGUUUUACUCGCAGUAAGCCCUUAACAAGUACCAUAAUAAUCAUUAUUAUUUAUUAGUAAGGAAAAGCUGCAUUCACAACUUCUUCUCCUUCUCCCCCACCCCCAAGGAAUGUUGGAUUUGUUUCCUGGGCCUUUUAUCCCAGCGAUAAAAAGCCCCAAGUGAGUUUUAAGAAAAUCCGACAACCUUACAAAUGACCAAAAACCAUCGGUAAAAACGUCUCACUCCCCAAACCCAGUCGGUUUUGAAGACAUAUCUUUUGGAGAAAGAUUCUUGUAUUUCAAAGGCACUCUAUUCAAGUGGUGAUAGCCUUCCUGGGCCUAAAAUUGUAAUUAAUGGGUGCCAACUUUUCAGUUCUGUUUUAUGAAAUGAAAAUGGUGGGGGAGAAGCAGUGUUAUCCACAUUCAGUUAAGUAAUAAUUGUGGUAUUUCUCUAAGUGCGUACUGUGUCCCAGCACUGUGCUAAUCCCUGGGGUAGGUACAAUACAAUCAGAUCAGAUGCAGUCUCGGCCCCAUGCAAGGCUCAGGGGGAGAAGACAGUAAAAUGGAAAGGCUUGCAAUAAACCCAGGCUUUUACUUCAGCUUCAGCACUUGGAAUUGUUGUUUUCUUAAAUUCCCCCUGGAAUCGUUCCCAAAUCCUGCCAAAAUCAAAACUUUAGCCCAAUGGAAGACUGUGAUUAACAUAUGAUUUGUAGUGCAUUAAUUAUGCCCAGCACUUGCACUGUCUACUGUUUUUUCUUUGUGUGUUUGCCUGUGCUUACAUUGUGUCUUGCUUGAUUCUGUUCCCCUUUGCUUAGGGUUUUCUUUUUUUUUUUCCAACGUGAAAGCACACAUUCUGGUUGCAUCCCUUAGUGUACAGAUAACUAAAUACUACAUCAGUUGUUAAUAUGAUGCUAUUUUAAGUCUUUGGACUCAAACUCAAACCAUAUGUUAGGUCAGUUGUAUUUAAAAAAAAACCCAAUACUUAGUUCGCUGUAAGUUAAUGAAUAGGACACAGAUAAUUGAUUUCAGUAAGGUUUUAUAGCAUGGAAAAAUGUAUAUCUGCUUCUACCCAGGACUUCGGCUCCCACUCUGAUGGACCCUUUUAUGAAGCUGCUCCCCUCCACGCCCCCCACCCAGUAUUCAAUCGCUGUACUCCGGUUGGUUUUUUUAGAAAACACUGGGUUCACCUUAUCAAUGUUGCAUGGAAAUGUCAGAUGUUGAAAAUGCUCUAGUGAGAUGGGUUUAUUUUUAUAAUAUUUAAUAACUGUCCAUACCCACCUAUUAACAAAAUCACUCCUAUUUAGCCUUUUGGAGGAGGCUUGUACAGAUUUGUGGACAUAAAUGUUAAACUGUAAAUCUGAAUAAAGGUCCUUUUGAAGAAGA